AUGGCGCCCGCCCCGCGCCCGCUGCUGCCGCUGCUGCUGCUGCUGCUGCCGCCGCUGCCGCCGCCGCCGCCCGGGGCCCGCGCCGACGACGGGGCCCGCGCCAACUCGGACCGCUACGCCGUCUACUGGAACCGCAGCAACCCCAGGUUCCACAUGGGCUCCGAGGACGACGGCGGCGGCUACACGGUGGAGGUCAGCAUCAAUGACUACCUGGACAUCUACUGCCCGCACUACGGGGCGCCGCUGCCGCCAGCCGAGCGCAUGGAGCACUACGUGCUCUACAUGGUCAACGGCGAGGGCCACGCGUCGUGCGAUCACCGGCAGCGCGGCUUCAAGCGCUGGGAGUGCAACCGGCCUGCUGCGCCCGGCGGGCCCCUCAAAUUCUCCGAGAAGUUCCAGCUCUUCACGCCCUUCUCGCUGGGCUUCGAGUUCCGGCCGGGCCACGAGUACUAUUACAUCUCUGCCACACCGCCCAACACCGUGGACAGACCCUGUCUUCGACUGAAGGUUUAUGUGCGGCCUACCAACGAGACCAUCUAUGAGGCGCCUGAACCCGUCUUCACCAGCAAUAACUCGUGCAGUGCCCUGGGCGGCUGCCAACUCUUCCUCAGCACCGUGCCCGUGUUGUGGGGUCUCCUGGGCUCCUAGUCGUGGCCCCCUGGACUCCGCCCGCCUCCGAGACCAAAUAGAAACGGCCCACCGCAACCAGCCUCGGGGUUUCUGGGGGUGCAGUCGGGGCGAGCGAGAAGCCAAGUCGUGGGCACAGCGGCCCCUGCCGAGCCAUCAUCUCGGGGGUGCGCAGAGAGCCCCAGAACCUCUUGGCGAUGUGUGUGUGCGCGUAUGUGUGCGUAUAUAUGUGGGUUUCCUGUUUAUUUGUUUGUUUGUUUGCAAGCCUAUUUUUCAUGGUUGGAUCAGAAAGAGUCUCGCUUGAAAUCUAAUUUAUUCCGUGCUGACGCCAGUGACUUUGGGCGGGGAACCGAACUGGAUGAGAUGUGGGGCCU